UGCCUGUGUUGUAGGUGCUGUUUAACCAGUUCAAGUACUUUUUCAACCUCUAUUUCUUACUUCUCGCCUGCUCCCAGUUUGUUCCGGAAAUGAGACUUGGAGCACUCUAUACCUACUGGGUUCCGCUGGGCUUCGUGUUGGCCGUCACCAUCAUCCGAGAGGCAGUGGAGGAGAUCCGAUGCUACCUGCGGGACAAGGAAGUCAACUCCCAGGUCUACAGCCGGCUUUCAGUGAGAGGGACUGUGAAGGUGAAGAGUGCCAACAUCCAAGUUGGGGACCUUAUCAUCGUUGAAAAGGUGAGUGGGGUCUUGCCACUGUGGUCUUGCUUUCUGAGGACGGAUCAGCUGGAUGGGGAGACGGACUGGAAGCUGCGGCUCCCUGUGGCCUGCACGCAGAGGCUCCCCACGGCCGCUGAUCUCCUGCAGAUUCGAUCAUACGUCUACGCGGAGGAGCCAAAUAUCGACAUUCACAACUUUGUGGGAACGUUUACCCGAGAGGACAGCGACCCUCCGAUCAGCGAGAGCUUGAGCAUAGAGAACGCGCUCUGGGCUGGCACCGUCAUCGCAUCAGGAACUGUUGUGGGUGUUGUGCUUUACACCGGCAGAGAACUCCGGAGUGUCAUGAAUACCUCCAAUCCUCGAAGUAAGCUUCAGCAGUGGCUUCUUUUGCGUGUGAACCUGGACAUGGGGAAGAUUGUGUACAGCUGGGUGAUCCGGAGGGAUUCCAAAAUCCCCGGCACCGUGGUUCGUUCCAGCACGAUUCCUGAGCAGCUGGGCAGGAUUUCUUACUUACUCACAGACAAGACAGGAACUCUUACCCAGAAUGAGAUGGUUUUCAAGCGGCUCCAUCUAGGCACAGUGGCCUAUGGCCUCGACUCAAUGGACGAAGUACAAAGCCACAUAUUUAGUAUUUACACUCAGCAACCCCAGGACCCACCUGCUCAGAAGGGCCCCGCCAUCACCACCAAAGUCCGUCGGACCAUGAGCAGCCGUGUGCACGAAGCCGUGAAGGCCAUCGCGCUCUGUCACAACGUGACUCCCGUCUACGAGUCCAAUGGCGUGACCGACCAGGCCGAGGCCGAGAAGCAGUACGAAGAUUCGUGCCGUGUGUACCAGGCGUCCAGCCCGGAUGAGGUGGCCCUGGUACAGUGGACUGAGAGUGUGGGCUUAACCCUGGUGGGCCGAGACCAGUCUUCCAUGCAGCUGAGGACCCCUGGCGACCAGAUCCUGAAUUUCACCAUCUUACAGAUCUUCCCUUUCACCUACGAAAGCAAGCGCAUGGGCAUCAUUGUGAGGGAUGAAUCCACUGGGGAAAUCACAUUCUACAUGAAGGGAGCAGACGUCGUCAUGGCUGGCAUCGUGCAGUACAACGACUGGCUGGAAGAAGAGUGUGGAAACAUGGCCCGAGAGGGGCUGCGUGUGCUCGUCGUGGCGAAGAAGUCUCUGGCAGAGGAGCAGUAUCAAGACUUUGAAGCCCGCUAUGUCCAGGCCAAGCUGAGUGUGCACGACCGCUCUCUCAAAGUGGCCACUGUGAUCGAGAGCCUGGAGAUGGAGAUGGAGCUGCUGUGCCUGACGGGCGUGGAAGACCAGCUGCAGGCGGACGUGAGGCCCACCCUGGAAACCCUGAGGAACGCCGGCAUCAAGGUUUGGAUGCUGACAGGGGACAAGCUGGAGACAGCUACAUGCACAGCGAAGAAUGCACAUCUGGUGACCAGAAACCAAGACAUCCACGUUUUUCGGCUGGUGACCAACCGCGGCGAGGCCCACCUUGAGCUGAACGCCUUCCGCAGGAAGCAUGACUGCGCCCUGGUCAUCUCUGGAGACUCGCUGGAGGUUUGCCUCAAGUACUACGAGUACGAGUUCAUGGAGCUGGCCUGCCAGUGCCCCGCGGUGGUGUGCUGCCGCUGCGCCCCCACCCAGAAGGCCCAGAUCGUGCGCCUGCUCCAGGAACGCACCGGCAAGCUCACCUGUGCAGUAGGUGACGGAGGCAACGAUGUCAGUAUGAUCCAGGAAUCCGACUGCGGCGUGGGCGUGGAGGGAAAGGAAGGAAAACAGGCUUCCUUGGCAGCAGACUUCUCCAUCACGCAGUUCAAGCAUCUCGGCCGGUUGCUCAUGGUACACGGCCGGAACAGCUACAAGCGCUCGGCAGCCCUCAGCCAGUUCGUGAUCCACAGGAGCCUCUGUAUUAGCACCAUGCAGGCUGUCUUUUCUUCCGUGUUUUACUUUGCCUCCGUUCCUCUCUACCAAGGAUUCCUCAUCAUUGGGUACUCGACCAUCUACACCAUGUUUCCUGUAUUUUCUCUGGUCUUGGACAAAGAUGUCAAGUCAGAAGUUGCCAUGCUGUAUCCUGAGCUCUACAAGGAUCUCCUCAAGGGACGGCCGUUGUCCUACAAGACAUUCUUAAUAUGGGUUUUGAUUAGCAUCUGUCAAGGGAGCACCAUCAUGUAUGGAGCACUGCUGCUGUUCGAGUCAGAAUUUGUGCAUAUCGUGGCGAUUUCCUUCACGUCGCUGAUCCUCACGGAGCUGCUGAUGGUGGCCCUGACCAUCCAGACCUGGCAUUGGCUUAUGACGGUGGCCGAGCUGCUCAGCCUGGCCUGCUAUAUUGCCUCCCUGGUGUUCCUACACGAAUUCAUUGAUGUGUACUUCAUCGCCACUCUGUCGUUCUUGUGGAAGGUGUCCGUUAUCACUCUGGUCAGCUGUCUCCCCCUUUACAUCCUCAAGUAUCUGCGAAGACGGUUCUCUCCCCCCAGCUACUCGAAACUCACGUCGUAGGCUGUGCGCUCGCUCGGUGGAGGGGACUCCGGUCUCCACUUCCCUGACAGACAGAGUUUAAGUUCUGUUGAUCUGAAACCUCCACCUGUGGACCUUGCAGUAAUUGCUAACACGUGCAGUUUUGACGUGAUGAGGCUCUGCACGACGUCCGGACACUGAAUCAACAGGAGGGAGGCUCUGAAGAGGAGCCCUCGCAGGCCGGCCCGGUGGAGCCCCUGGCGAUUCAUGUUUGAACGACUGUGACUGUGUUCAAGCUGGUGGCUCAACCUGGAGACUUCUCUCUGUGGGUCACUGUGCAGGCUUCCUUAUGACUUGAAUUUUGUGGUCAUGUGAUAAAAAGUUUCUGUCUAGUGGAAGAUUGUAGAGGAUUUUUUUUUUUUUAAACAACCCUAACGUGUGUACUCUUUCUGUCUUUCUCGCUCUUAAAAACUGGUUUCGGAGAAAUGUGAAGCUCUUGGUUUAGGUUUGGGGGAAAAGAUAAUGACAUUUGGUGACAAGUUAUCCAGACACUAAUCUCAAUGUGGAAAUGCUAAAUACCCUCUUGAAGGCAGCCCUGCUUGUGAAGCUGUACAGGGCUUCCCAGGAUGAGAAAAAAAACCAAAUGAGAGGCAGGAGCGUGUGCCGUAAAUCCAAGAUGUUACCCUGCGCCUCGCUCAGCGUCCACGGCGCUGGAGUUAGCGUCACCUGCCACCUCGUAAAAGAAUUUCAAAGGCGUUAUCCCGCUUUGUUCGGACCUGGUAACAAUUAUAAAGCCUGUGGCUAUCUGAGGACACCUUCAGACAUUUACAGCAGAGUGGUUUUAGCGAGAAACGUGCCACCGAACAGCCCCUAAAUGUUGUCGACAGGGUGAUAAGAGACUCAACUAAUUCUUUAGACAACACAGCCCAUGUGGCUGAGACCCUGGGUCCAAAGUGGAAAGGUCAGGGAUUGGGGCUCUUUACUCCCACAGAAACCUGUUUCCUGUUAGGAGGGAUUAUUGAGGACGCAAGUACAGAGGCAGAGGCAUCUUGCCGUGUUGCCGUUCGUGGUGGCAGCUUCAAGGAGGGAGACCCCGUGGGAGGCGGCCCGGGCUGUAGCCCUUGGCUCUGGACUCCGUUCCCCAGCCUACAGAUUUCCCCGGGAACUUAACUGAAAGGCAGCCAGUUGUAGAGACCCCUCCCCCACCAGGAUGGAGUACAUGCAUGUGUGUUUCUUAUAAAGCUGUGGCUUCUCAUUUCAGAGGAAGAAGGGAGUGUGCAAGCACUGGACGUGGCAGGGCAAGACGUUCUUGGGUUUCCCCAGUCACUUCUUGCAGCAGCCACAUAUGCAUGCCAUAAGGGUUGGUUUUCAAGAGCUGACUGUGUUUGAUAUCUUAGAUUUGUGAUUAAUUCCUGAUGAGUACAUACCCUUCCACCCGUCAGCAUGGCGCUUCCUGUGUGUGCUUCAGAGACGUAAGCUCUGGCCUGGUGGCUGACGCCCGCUACCUGAGGGCAGUCUUGCCCUCAGAGGGUUGGAGACAUGGGGAGCCAACCGUUUCUUGCCUUUGGAGCACCCUUGAUAUGCUCGUGUAUUUACGUUGCCCUUUUACAAAAAAAUAUUAUAAAAUGACAGUAAGUUGGAGGCGCUGGGAAAUUGGUUAUUGGCAUCACUUCUGUUGUGUUUUAGGAUUCUGCAGUUUUUUCCUUCUUUUUUGUUCCAACCAUUUCUGUCCUCCAGAAAAGAGCUACAGACAGUAUACAUUGCAGUGAAGAAAUGGUUAUUUAGGGAUAGAAUCUUUGCUCAGAACGUUCGGAAAGGUUGAGCAGGUCUAACUUUUUCACUGCGUGAUUUUAUGCAGUUUUGCAGGUAUAGGAGGGGGACCUGGUGCUCAGACUGUUGGCACCUCAGUCUGUCUUCUUGGAAGUCAGACUGUAAAACUGGAAAUCUUAAGUAGUUCCACUCUUGAGUUUGCAAACCCUGAACCUGACCCUGUUCACAGACAGGCGGUGGCUCCUGCAGGUAGGUCUCACGGAUUCCUUGUUAGGAAAUUUUAGAUGUUUCCAGCACAUACAGGGGAUGAAGAUGGCCUCUUUGGCCUUUUCCUUAAUUCCCAAUUUUGAUCGAGAUGCGUGGGUUGACUUUAAAGUCAAUCCCUAAGAUACUGCUUGACAUCUUGAAGGGAGAACGCUUCUGGGGGGGGGGGGCUGAAGGAGACGUCCCUGGAAGGCGAAGGAUGCUCGUCAAUGCCACCAACAAGGCCCUUGUCUCAGUUACACUCCGGCGUAGGCAGUCAAGGGCAAGAGGGACUGAACCCCAAGCGGAGACCACCACAUUGUAAGCCACCCCUGUCACUGUCAGCCUGCUCACCCCACCCGCUGGGGUCCUGGGGUGUCUGGGAAAGCACAUGGGUGCUUCUCAAACUCUGGAGACCCGAAGAGCGGGAGUCGGUUGAGAGUGUGAUCCUUACCUGCAGACAUCGGACUGUGAUCCGACAGAGCCAGGGCGCACGUGGGCACUUCCGGCAGUUAUCUUAGUUGUGGGGGAAGACCAAGAAACAAACAAAACAUCUGACUUAUUUUAUAGGAAACUCUUGAGUUCACACCCCGUAAGCAUAAGGAUUGCGUUGACUUUUUUUCUUGGCUCCGUCAAUCUGGAAAGAGCUUAGGAAGCACCACUGGCACCUUCCCCUCGCCUUGGGACUGGACUCAGUGGGACCUACGUCUCCCAACAGCCAAUUUAAUUGGGGGCCAGAGUUCCCCAUGGCCACAAUCAGCUGUUUAAACACUCCUUAAAGUAAAAAUGACAACGUGCCCCCCCCACCGCCCUUCUACACUACAUAUUUCUGUCACAGGGUCAGCACUUUUAUUAUUUGAUGACUUUUAUUAUAUCUUUUGGUGAUGGGUGUGUGUGUGGGGGGGAUGGGAUCUGUUUGGUUUCUCUCCCCGACCCCGCUCCUUUCUUUCUCUCUUGCUCUAAGAAAGCGGCCAGACAAGCUUCUCCCUCUUGAGUGAUUUCUUAUCUGACAGUUUUGAGUCUGAUUUUGAGAGUGUGCACGCACGUGUGUUGCCGAUGGUGCUACGGAAGGCUGGUUGCACUGACUUGGGCUGCCUGGGGCAAAGCACUUUGCCACAAGGCAAUGAAGAGCACCUUGACAUUGGAGCAAAUUACCUGUUUACAGCCACCUGGAGCUGGGAGGCCAAGAGGUGGGAUUUCGCCCACUUUCAGCAUUAUUAUAUCCAGUCCCCAGACUUGCUUCCCUUAAGGGAAACUCUCUCUCUCUCUCUCUCUCUCUCUCUCUCUUUUUUGGUAGCAGUAAUCUUAAAUACCAACAUCUGCUUACCCUUUACUCAGUAUGUUCUCUGUUGAAAAUUUAGGGUAUUUUGACAACUUUUGAAUGUAUUUUGAGUUUUGUGCUCAUUGGAAAUUGAGAUGAUAUGCCUGAUUUUGUUCCUCCAGACUUUUGUUUUUAUACUUUGUUUUGUUUCUGCUGGGGUGGGGAUGGCAACGCCCUUCAUGGGGGAGUAUUUUAAACCUUGGCCAAAAUUGCAAAUGGGACCUACGUAUUCUUCCACUCGAUCCUACCCGAGGCAAACACCUAUCAGCUGUUUUAAUCUUCAGUCUUUUUUUGUGUGUUUUAAAAUGUGUGUGUGUGUGUGUGUGUGUGUGUGUGUGUGUGUGUGUGUAUGAUGUCAUCUCAAGUUUUUCGAAGAGAGAUUUGGUUUGGGUUAAAGUUCCAUCACUCCCAGCUUUUCCAUUAAAAAAAUUACAAGGCGCUUUGUAAAUACAACAGAUUUUAUUUCUCCCCCCUUCUUUUAACAUAACGCUUUUUGCCAUUUAUAUAGACUUCUUAUGGAAGAUUCCCAUUAAUUAUGUCCGUUUCAUCUUGGAAAAAUUAUGUUGUGGGAUGGAACCGAGGAGCAUAGCAUUGUGUGAGCAGGGUUUCCGAUAACCUUGAGCUCCAUAGCAUCUUCUUAUGCCAAAGCAGCAGCGUUACCUGCAAAACUGUCUUUUCUGUCACAGCCGGGCUGGAGGUGCCGUCGGAAUGUCGCUGGAUAAUGUCAGUGAAUAUUGUGUUCGUGGGGGAUAGGUGGGGGGUGCGGUAUUCACAAAAAGAAAAAUCGUGGCUAAUUGGUUGUUUUGCUGUGAUGGGGCUAAUGGUAGGCUCAUCUAGGAUUCCACGAGUUCCUCAUUAGAUCUCUUUGUAUGUAAUCCUCAUUGUCAGUGUUGGCUAGCACAGCAUUUUUUUGAUGGGAGGGGGAGCUCUGGUGCAGUGUGCUUUAAUUUAGCAGGAAAUCCCAGAUGAUUUAAAUUCUCGAUCCCGUGAUGACACACAUGUGAUCCUGCGUGUGAUCCGAGCGGUUCUGCUUUCAUUGUCUGCCAGCGUGGCCCGUUUCCGUUGCCCAAUAAAGCUUGUGUACUUUAUGA